AACAACAUAAAAACUCCAGGCUAUAGGAGAUGUCCCUGAGUUGAAGUCCUGGUUCUACUGUCUCUAGAUAGGUGACGCAGGGUAAACACACUCCUUUCUCUUUAGGCCUCAGCUUCCCUGUCUGUGCAAUGAGUGAGCUGGGUUAGCUGAUGUCUCAGGGUGGUAUUGCCCAGCCCUGACCACAGGCACUGUCACUGGAGUGUGCAGAGCCAAGCUGGGGCAGGGCCAAGUGCUCUGACCUGCUUCUGAGGAAGCAGCCCAGAGCUCCAGGCAAGAGCAGGAGGUAAUGUUCAAGUCCAGACAAUCCUAGUGAGCGCAGGACAAAUCAUUAGGAGUGCUCCUCUCCUGAUGGGGGCAUCCUCACCUAAAGAAGGGAACUGUGGCCCCACUCCCAGGUGAGGCCAUACCUGCCCUAGGAACAUUCCUCACCUUCCUAUCUGGAUGUUCAGGCCCUGCAGAGGCUGGGCAGAGGAACCCAAGUAGAGGAAGCCACGCUCAGGCCAUCCACAGCAAAGUCCAGGCUUCUUCCUAAGAAGGUUGUCAGAAAUCUGUCUUUAGUGUUUGCCACACAGGUACAGAUAUCCCUGCUCAGACCCUGUGCAUCCCUGCUGCUCCCAACCUUCCACAGGAGUGUUUCUCUUUAGCUGGACCCUUCCCUGAAUGCAGUAUCCCUCCUGCCCAAUCUGCCCCUCCGGUUACCUUCCCAGUCACCUAAGCCAGAGACACCGAAGUUGCCCUCUCCUCACCUCCUACAUUCAGUUUCUCACAAGGACCUAGUGAUUCUUCAAAUACCCCUCAAGUUCCUCUCCUCCUAUGGAUGCCCGCUGUCACUGCCCAUUAAGCCACCCCCAUCCCUCCCAUCGUGAAGGCCUGCCUCCAGUAUGACCCUUUCCCCCCAAUUUUCCACAUGACAGCCAGAGAUAUCUUUGGGAAAAUGCCAAUCUGACCACUCCAUCCCACCACUUUAAACUCUUCACGGCUCUUUAUAAAGCACACUUGCCUUUUGAAAAGCUUGCUGUGAUCUGGCCCCUGCCCACCUGUCGCCUCAUCUCUCAGCACUGCCCCACCCCCAGUUCUGGCUCUACUUGCCGACCUCCUACCAUUUUUAUACAUGACCCGGCCUCUGCCUGCGAUUCCUGUGUCCUCUCUCUGCCCAGUGAACUCCCACUCAGCCUUCAAGGCCCAGCUCAAAUGUCUCUUCCUCUGGGAAGCCUUCCCCACCCCCAGGCUGAGCUGAUGGUGCCCUCCCAGAGCAUUUCCCAUGAUGCAUCUCAGAGGCUUAUUUACAGGUCUGGCUUGGGCCUGGCUGAGCUCCUUGAGCACGGAGUCUGCCUUGUUUAUUUACAGUCCAUAGAGGCUCAGAGAAUGUGAGAAGUUGGAGGGGGGGAGAGAAGGAAGGAAGCAGAAAUAAGAAGAGAAGAGAGGAAAGAAAGAAUAAGUCAAACAAAGAUAUUAAAGGACAAUUCAUCCAUCAUCCAUCCAUCCAUCCAUCCAAAAUAUAUCUAUGGCAAUCCUAUCAGGCUCCAUUCUAGGCACUAAGGAUACAAUUAGCAAGCUCAAGUGACCGGAGACUGACUCUCAGCAUUUCCAGGUGACUCUGGUGUGUGCAUGUGUACGUGUGUGUGAUCAUGUGUGUACAAACCCUUCUGUCGGCAAGGGCCUGCUGCUGGGGCACCUGUCUUCCCUGGGGCCUGGUGCUUUUAGCAUCUGUCCCUGGAUCCAGUUGCAGCCCGAAAUAAGGCUGUGAGCCACAACAAGGCAGGAACAAUUCUCGUCGGCUGAAGCCAGAGCUGGCUGCAAGGCGCACUCAGCUCUCUGACUGCCCUUCUGCUGCAUGGACACCGACCACCCAACCUUCAGCUUCCCGACAGAGGUGUUAACCUUGAGGGUCUGAUAUUCUCUCUGCCCACCUGGUCCCAGCUCUCAGGAUGAUCCCCAAGGAGGAGAAGAAGCCAGAGAUGGCUGCCAUGGGGGACCAAGCUGGACCAGCCCCUUUGCUGGACCUGGGCAAGAAGCUGAGCGUGCCCCAGGACUUAAUGAUGGAGGAGCUAUCGCUACGCAACAACCGAGGAUCCCUCCUCUUCCAGAAGAGACAGCGCCGUGUGCAGAAAUUCACCUUUGAACUUGCUGCCAGCCAGCGGGAGGUUGCCAUGAGCCCGGAGUUGCAGAACUGCCGCUCAGAGCUCCACAUCUUCCCAGCCGGGGACCCUGAAGACGCCCAGCCUGAAGCUUCCCGGGUACAGCACACCCCUAGCCCCAGCGCCCUGGCACCAGGCUAUGCCGAGCCACUCAAGAGCAUCCCGCCAGAGAAGUUCAACCAUACGGUCAUCCCCAAGGGCUACCACUGCCCGUGGCAGCAGUUUAUCAGCUACCGAGACUUCCAGAGCGAUGGCCGAAGUCACACUCCCAGCCCUGCGCAGUAUCGAAAUUUCAACAAGACCCCCGUGCCCUUUGGAGGACUCCUGGUGGGAGAGACUACGUCCAGGGCAAGCACCCCCUUCCUCCCAGAGCUCACCAGUGGCUUGGAACUCCUCCGCCUCAGACCCAACUUCAACAGAGUGGCCCAGGGCUGGGUCCGCAACCUCCCAGAAUCUGAGGACCUGUAACCCCAGCCUUCAGUCCCCGGUCUCAGAGUCUGGGGAAUACCAGGAGCCAAGAUUCGUGGACUGCACUUCACAGUUAACAAAGGGCCUUCACACACAAAACCUACUGCAAAUGGCCUCAAAGGUCACAAAGUUUGGUAGUCCACUAAUAUGGGGUUUAGAAAGUUUUUCCUUUUACUGAGAUGCAGUUAGUCUUUAUUCAUGCUCUAACAUUUACCAAGCACCUACUAUGUGCUAGACAUUGUGAAAGCUCCAUGCAGAGGAGUCCGGACCCUGACCUAGAGUAGGAAAAGAUAGUAGGGAAGACAGAUGUGUAAAGCAGUAAAUUAUCUUAAUUUUGCCUAAAGCACCUGAGGAACAAAAUGUAGUGAGACAGGGAAGGGCAUCUCAAACCCUGGGUGUGUCUGGGGGAGCGGAAAGCAAUUACAGGAUACUUCCCAAAGGAUCUGAACAGGACUUCAGAGGAGGAGUGAGAGUUGAUUAAGGGAAGAGGGUGUGACUCCAGGGGAGGCACUGCAGGCCAGUGGACCAGCAUAAGCUGGAAAGGUGGAGAACUGCCAUAGAGCAGGGUGCUCUGGAGAAGGAAGAGGGCUGUGUUUGAGCAGUCGGUGACUCCUUAGAACAGCAGUUGCCAACUGGUGGUCCUUGAGGUCCGAAAGGCUGGUGACUGCUGGUUUAAGGAAACCUUUGGAGCAGCGUUGCCAACCGGUGGUCUGUGGACUACUGGUGUCCAUGAGAUCCAAGAGGUUGGAGACCGCUGCCUUAGAAGGCCAGGUUGGAGUAAGCUGCACCAAGAAAAUGGGGAAGGUUCUUAAGCAGGGGAGUCAGGGGUGUCAGUGGUUGUUAUGUGGGCAUAGAUUGGAGUCAGGAAGCCUUCCAGGAGCAAGGCCUGAACUAGGGAGGUGGCCAUGGGGACGGAAAGAAGGGACACCUCUCUGGGCACCUUGCAGGACAGGUGCAAAGUGGAGUACCUAUAAAGACUCCUUCUUCCCACCUCCUUAUGCUCACCACUCUGAGCAGGCCUUGGGUAGAUCGUGCUUAGUUUCCAAUAGGAGUCAUUCAGGGCUCUACUCCGGCUCAUUAGGAAGAAGAGAGAAAGGAAUGCCUUAGUUCAAGUGGAGCUGAUGAUGUGAUGAUGAUGAUGGCGGCUUUUUAUUGGGUGCCACAGUGUUUUGAUCCAUUUUACAGAUGUGAAUAUCCAGGCUCAAAAGGCAGAAGGGGCUUGUAAAGGGACAGAGCCACAAUGGAUACUGACCUAUUCCAGUGGAUGUCUUUUUGCACUGGGUGGCCAAGCCAUUGCCCACUCAUUCUGGAAUCACCCUGCCUCAGAGCCUAGAGGUUAAGAGUGCAGGCUGGGAAGUCAGACUGAAUGGAUGGUUCUAAUUGCCACUUCCAGCCAUUUCUGUGGGCCUCUGUUUCUCACCUGUAAGAUGAGGACAAGGAUAGUAGCCCUUGUAAGGGGUUGUUGCAAGCACAAUGAUGGACACAUACAUGAUGAGCGCUAGAUCAUUACACUUCAUGCAACUUAACUGAACAGAUGAUCUUGCGGUGGAUGCAGCUUGAGAAGCAGGCCUAGGAUGAGACAUGAGCUCAGUAGAGCUGAAGCCUGAAGGAAAGGAAGCUUCUGGUCACUGCAGGGCUCCCUUGGCCCAUGAAUCACCCCUUCUCCUUGUUCCAUCGCCUCUCCCCCACCCCAUUUCUCUUGAGGAGAUGAGAAGGCCAGGAAUCCAUCUGGUUCCCAGGGCACGUGGGACAGCGGUUGCCUUUUCCUUUUGCUCUGGACUUUCCCUGUGUCCCACACGGUCUCCAGGGGCAGCAGCCUGACUUUUAGAAUUGCUUGCAAUCAAUGUGUCUUGAAUUCGGGCACUGCUGUUUAAAGCCAUGCUUCCAUGAGAUGAAAACGAACCACUAAAGUGUCCUAAACAAAGUAGAGGAUAAGGACCACCUUGGGCUGGCUCUGCUGUGCUCUGGAGGGUGACAGCAGCCACCAGAGCAUAGCUGACAAGAGCCUGGUGGGGAGCCUGCCACGCCCAAAGCAAAUCCUCAUUCCUUUCUUCUUCUGAUAAUAUGCCUUUCACUGAUGUUGUUUAAAAAAAAGAGAGAGAAAGAAUUCUUACUGUAAAGGUUUAUAUACAAAUAAAGGAAGAAGUAAAAUGUGAAGGUAAAAUCAGCCCACAUAGCUCCUCCCCUGCAACACAGACCUUCCCGCCCUCCUGCACUCUGCCCCAUUCCCACAUACCAUAGGUAAGCACUGGCAGAAGCUUGGUGCUUCUAGAAUUCUAGCAUUAUUUGAACAGCUAAAUAUGUACAGUGUAUAGUUGCAUAAGUGCAAAGAUAUGUUUUUGUUUUUAUGGGAUCAUACUGUAUUAUAUUGUGUUUUGCUUCUUUGUUCAACAAUAAGUAAAAUGUGGAUCCUGAAAAAGCCAUGUCAUUAACCUUUCAUGUAAUUUAGGGGCCCAACAAACCAUCCAUAUAAAACUCUAUACUUUU